AUGGCGGCCAGGGAGGAGGUGCUCACUUUGGAGGCUGAAGUUGCCCAGCGUGAGGAGGAGCUGAGUUCCCUGAAGCAGAGGCUGGCGGCGGCUCUUCUGGCCGAGCAGGAGUCAGAGCGGUUGGUUCCGGUGUCUCCCCUGCCGCCGAAGGCCGCCCUGUCGCGAGAUGAGAUUCUGCGCUACAGCCAGCAGCUCGUGCUGCCUGAGCUGGGCGUGCAGGCACAGGGGCGCCUGGCGACCGCGUCCGUGCUGGUCGUGGGCUGCGGGGGGCUCGGCUGCCCACUGGCGCAGUACCUGGCAGCGGCCGACGUCGGCCGCCUGGGCCUUGUGGACUACGACGUAGUAGAAGUGAGCAACCUGGCCCGCCAGGUGCUGCACGGCGAGGCACUGGCCAACCAGGCCAUCUUUUCGGCCGCCGCUACGCUGCGCCAUCUCAAUUCGGCGGUGGAGUGCGUGCCCUACGCCCAGGCGCUUACGUCAGCCACGGCGCUAGACCUGGUGGACGUGGUGGCUGAUUGCUCCGACAACGUGCCCACUCGCUACCUGGUUAACGACGCCUGUGUGCUAACCGGCCGGCCCCUCGUGUCGGCCAGCGCCCUGCGCUUCGAGGGCCAACUCACAGUCUACCACUACGGCGGUGGGCCUUGCUAUCGCUGCAUGUUUCCGCAACCACCUCUGGCGCAGACGGUGACCAGUUGCGCGGAUGGCGGGGUGCUUGGUGUGGUUACCGGGGUCGUGGGCUGCCUGCAGGCGCUGGAAGUGUUGAAGGUCGCUGCAGGUCUGGGCCCCUCUUACAGUGGCAGCCUGUUGCUCUUUGAUGCCCUCGGAGGUCAUUUCCGCUGUAUUCGGCUGCGGAGGCGCAGGCCCGACUGUGCAGCUUGCGGGGAGUGGCCCACUGUGACUGAUCUGCAGGACUACGAAAGCUUCUGUGGCUCCUCAGCCACCGAUAAGUGCCGCUCCCUACAGUUGCUGAGUCUGGAGGAGCGAAUUUCUGUCGUCGACUAUAAGCGACUUCUGGAUUCCGGGUCACCCCACGUGUUGCUGGACGUCAGGCCUCCAGUGGAGGUGGACCUGUGUCGGUUGCCUCACUCCCUACACAUCCCUUUGAAACAUUUGGAACGGAGGAAUGCGGAGAGCCUGAAACUCUUGGGAGAAGCAAUCCGGGAAGGGAAGCAGGGCACACAGGAAGGGGCAUCUCUCCCCAUUUAUGUGAUCUGCAAACUGGGCAAUGACUCCCAGAAAGCCGUGAAGAUCCUGCAGUCCUGGACAGACUUAGACUCUUUAACAGUUCGGGAUGUUGUGGGAGGCCUCAUGGCCUGGGCUGCCAAAAUCGAUGGAACGUUUCCGCAAUACUGAGAUGGCCGGUAGAGUCUGACCAGCGAAA